UAGGUGGCAGUAAUACAGUUAAAAGUGCCCAGUCUGCCAAUAACCUCUAAAGAAGAAGAAGAUCCACUAUGGCGGCGCCCGUGUCCUUGGUUUCACGAUUUAAAAUUGGUGGGUUGCUCUCCCUUCAGUCUUCUGUCGUGGUGAGUGCGCGGUAUGCGUCGAAGAAAUCAGGAGGCAGUAGUAAGAACCUUGGAGGAAAGUCUCCUGGACGCAGAUAUGGCUACAAGAAACUAGACGGUCAUUUUGUACAUGCCGGAAACAUUGUUGCAACACAGAGGUUGAUGCGCUGGCAUCCUGGAGGUCAUGUUGGAAUUGGGAAAAACAACACCCUGUAUGCCUUGGAGGAUGGCACUGUUCGGUUCACUAAGGAGGUGUUCAUUCCUCUGCCUCACAGUGCUGAGGCAAAAGACAUGAUCUCAAAGCUGCCACAAGGAGCUGUGCUGUACAAGAGCUUUAUCAGUGUGGUUCCAAAGAAGCAGGAAAUUACCUUUAAACUGGUCGGUAUGUUGUGAGAGUGAGCUCCAACCUCAGAACAGUUCCAAGAUCUCAAGAACACCUGGAGUUUUUUACUUUAAAACCUUGAAGAAAAGCUUGCCCUUUUGAAGUUAAGAUAUUUAAAGAAUAUGACCAGUCAGCCUCACAAUUUGUAAGAUUGAUGUACAUUUUAAGUGUGCUGGGCUCUGUUUGGGAUCAUCAUCAUUUAGACUGUUUAGUAAGUGUGACUACCCUAAUGCUUGAAUCUUUGUGUUCAAUAAAGUAUAUUCAGCCAACCAAGCAAAAAUCUGCCUAAAAUUGUCCUAACCAUGAAAACUAUUUAGUUCAUAAAUCCUUAUUAUUUGUAAUCAUAUGCUUUGUUUUGUUAUAGCCAAAGUGUAUUCCUGAUUUCCCCAACAUGUACAUUUUGGAAAUGUUUUAAUACGUCUGGAAUGCAAGUCGCACACAAUGUUCUGAGAGGAUGUACAGUAUUAACAUGGCACCAUUGGUUUAAAGCACUUUUCAAGCUAACAGUUAAAAAGAAAAUAAAGAAUUCUUUGUUGUCUUUG